CGAUAUUUUGUGUAACAUCCUCCAACUAUUAAGGUGGUUUGAGUGCCAGAUAUGUUAGGAAACAUUUAAAUAUGUAUUUAUUUUUUUAACUAACUUUUUUAAGAUGAGUAAGUAGCCGAUUUGUAUUUGGAGAUUUCUCCUAAAGUUGUAAGCUAGUGUUAAAAAGAAGACAUUGGUCAGUAGAGUGUCUCAUUAGAUUGUCAUUUUCUACUGGCUUGGAAGGUGUUUUACUUCUAUAGGAGACGAUAGUAAGGUGAAAUGACAGAAGUGAGACAAAGGAAGGAGCAAACAAGCAUAGAGUCAAAAGAACCUGCUCCAGAAAAGGAGAAAACAGGAAGUUCAGAACGGUCAAAGAAAGAUCGCAAGUAUGCAAGUGUUCAGCGUUUCAUUAAGCUUUUCAUUGGCUCUCUGGCAGCAGUCAUCAGUGGCUUAAUGUAUGCUAUAUACCUCUCCACUUACCAUGAGCGAAGAUUCUGGUUCUCUAGUCGGCAGGACCUGGAAAGAGAAAUUACUUUUCAGUCUGAUAGCGGUUUUUACUAUCAUUAUUAUAAAAAACUACUAAAGGCUUCUUCAUUUUCAAGAGGUCUGCACGAGCUGACACAUGACAACAGUAGUAUAUCGCUAAGGACCAUAAAUGCAGUACAGCAACUGAAUUUGUAUCCAGAGCUAGUUGCUAGUAUCCUGUACCGAAUGUCUGGCAGUCAGGAGGCAGUUGAACCGGUCUAUUUCUACAUCGGUGUAGUGUUUGGCCUGCAGGCUGUCUAUGUAACUGCAGUAUUUGUGUGUAGUUGGAUUAUGAGCGGAACUUGGGUAGCAGGCAUGCUGGCUGUGGUCUGGUAUAUAAUUAACAGGCCAGAUACAACAAGAGCUGACUAUGCAGUUCCUUUGAGGGAGAACUGGGCAUUGCCUUACUUUGCAUGGCAGGUCACAGCCCUUACAGGGCUCCUAAAAAACAAUAUCACUUCAUCGGCAGAGAGGCUUUGCUAUCUUUUGUUGAGCGCUUCGACAUUUACUUUUGUUAUGAUGUGGGAGCACAGUCACUAUGUGCUGUUUGUCCAGGCCGUUGCCCUCUUCUUGCUGGAUACUUUCGACCUAGUUCAGUCUCGCAAGAUAGCAGAUGUGUAUAGGCUAUAUCUGUGCUGCAUAAGCUUAGGUUACAUCUUACAAUUUCAGAACUUUUCCUUGCUGACAUCUCCGUUGUUAAGUCUUGUAGCAGGAACUGUACUAGCAAGACACAUUCAGAGGGAUAUGAAAAGUGGCCGAUUUGUAGCCAGGGUGAUGAAAGUAGUCCUGCAUUUCUACCUGGUGUUUGUCAUAACCGCGACAUUACAUUUUGUUGUUAAGACAGUUUUUCUUCAUGAAGAAAAUAAGCACGUCUUACAUUUUCUUGAAGUGAAAUUUGGACUUAAUACCAAAAAGAAUUUGACGACCAGUCUGUUGCUGUGCCAUGGAUUUCUCCAGACUCCCUCGCAGGAUUUCUUUUUGAGACUGACGCAGACAUCUUUAUUGCCUUUCUAUGUCCUUAUUUUUGGUACCUGUUUGCUGUCAACAUUGCAAGCCAUAUUUAGGAGGUUGAGAGGUUUAAAUUCAAAAGAAAAAAUUACCAGUAGUCAAGAAGACAGAACAAUUGGAGAGAAUCCUGAGGUCAUCUAUCAUGUAUUGCACACAGUUCUUUUUGGGUUACUCACGAUGAUGUUCGAAGGUCUGAAGUACAUCUGGACUCCUUAUGUCUGCAUACUUACUGCUUCUGGUGUUUGCUCUGCUGAACUUUGGGCGACUCUUUUUAAAUGGUUUCGACUGCGGUCUGUGCAUCCUGUGCUCUUGGCUCUCAUGCUUAGCACUGCUGUUCCUACUAUCAUUGGUUUCAGCUUGUGGAGGGAGUUUUUGCCAAGAGUGAUAACUGAGUUAUCAGAACUGCAAGAAUUCUAUGAUUCUGACACAGUUGCACUCAUGAAUUGGAUAAAAAAGCAGACACCUGUUGCUGCUGUAUUCGCAGGAAGCCCACAACUCAUGAGCUUAGUAAAGCUGUGCACUGGAUCAACAGUUACCAGUUUACCUCUUUAUAAUGAUGGUGACCUCAUAAAAAGAAAUGAAAAUCUUUACCAGAUAUAUGCUAUGAGAUCUGCAGAGGAUAUUUAUAAAAUGCUUCUGACAUACAGGGCAAGCUAUGUUAUUGUUGAGGAGGCAAUAUGCAGUGAAAUGGGACCAAUGAGAGGCUGUAGAGUGAAAGACCUGGUAGACAUUGCUAAUGGUCAUAUGGUUCAUGACAGCGAUGAAAUAUAUGCCUACUCAAAAUACAGACGUUUUUGCCAUGAGAUUAAAUUGGACAAUUCUCCUUACGUGAACUAUUUCACCCGUGUAUUCUGGAACAGAUCUUAUCACGUCUAUCAAGUCAAUACAGUCAUUUCUUUUCAGUACUGAGUUGCAACAAACCUCCUUGGAUAAUCUUUCUGUGGAUGCUGUUAGUGACACCACCAACAAAACCAUUCAACGUGUUGAUCACAUCCUUGGGAGAAGGGUGUGACCUAAGAACUAGUCGUAGUAUCUUUUUUGUUGACCAAAUAAGAUAUAUUAAGUUUUUGUAACAAUGUCAAUGGACAUUGCAUGGAAAUCUUUUUUACAUAAGAGAAGAGUCCUCGUCUUAUUCAUAAUGUAUGCAUUUUUAAUGUUUAAGGGUUAUUUUUUCUUCAGUAGUCUAUUUAUUUUAACAUGCACAUAAUGAUCUUUUGCACAUAAAUAUUUGUGGCAGGUAUCAAGACUGCUAACAGUAUUUAAUCAUGCAAGUAUAUUACCUAUAUUUGGCAGGUGGCAAAACGUCUUGACAUGUGCAGGGCACUGAGAUUUCCAUUAGGUUUUAUUGAAGCCAAAAUCCAUGAGCUGAUCACCAGAACUGUAUGUGGUCAUGAUAAAAGGGUUGAUACAGAUUUUCACUUUUAAAACUGGUGUUUAUUCUCUUGUCUCAUCUAAGCAAUCAGUGUGCCUUUUGAUAUUCUAGUGCUAAUAUCACUUAUUUAAGUGUCUUCUCAUGUGUUAUGGAAAGCACAUUUGCAUUUCAAUAUGCUUUUUAUAUGGCCAAGUUGUACAUGUUUGUCUCCUUUGAUCCAAACUAGAAAAUGAGUUCAGGCUAUUGGGGAGUCAAGAGUGAUAGGAAGGACUGAGUAUCUGAUGCAUAUCUCUCCUUCUUGGGAAUGUUUGUGUGUGUCUGUAUAGUUUGCCAGGUCAUCAUCCCAGUGUGUGUGGUAGUUUGCCAGGUCAUCAUCCCCAUGUGUGUGUGGUAGUUUGCCAGGUCAUCAUCCCCACUUGUGUGUGUGUGUCUAGUAGUUUGCCAGGUCAUCAUCCCUUCCCCAACACACAUGCUGCAGCUGGACAUCCUAAGGAGAAGAUGAACUUGUGUGUUCCUUACAGCAUGUAUGUCUUAAUGAAAAAUGGCCUACUAGAUCGGGACAAAUACUCCACUGGAAGAUUGUUCUUAUUUUUUCCCAGUCCCAAAAAUGCAGCCUGCAGUAUAUUGGGCAUUAAUGUCUUAGCCUUACUGCCAGGUUUAGGGGUUAUUGUAUGAAAGAUGGGUGAAGAUGGUAGUAGGCAUCAAGGACAGUCACUGACACUUCUGGCAUGCAAUACUGCCGUUUCCUCCAACAGUUGUGAAUGGCGACCAUACUAGUACAUCUCUUUGUCUUCUGGUGGAGCAGACUAGAAGUGAAAUGUCACUUCCUGUCACCCUGACUCAAAUGAUGUUUUUUUUCAGCAUUGUGAUGCUGUAUGCAGCUAGACUAGGGCUGACCAUGCCCUGAGCAUUUCUUCAUAUGUUUCACAGAGAGUUUACAGGCUGCUUGGAUUGGAGAAGGAAGUCCAUUCCUCUGGGAUAGCCAUAUGGGUUGUUAAGAAUGCAGAACUCUAGCUGAAAGGUACUGGAUGUGACUAGAAGCACUGCAGCAUGUGGAGGUUCAUUGUUGAAGGAGGUGUAGUCCAUGGGCUGUAUGGACAUCAUAAUGAGUGUAAAAAUAAUGAUACCUAUAAAUUGUGAAAUCUUGGUAAAUACCUGAAGGUGGUGUAUUGUGAAAGAAAGAGCAAUAUCUCCUACUAAAGGAUAAUGCUGCCUUGGUUUUUAUAUACUUGUUCCAGAUUGUGAUGGUCUUUUGAAAUCCAGAGUAAGGAAACCAAAUGCUUUCAUUCAUCCCUUACUGUAUGCUGAAAUGCUGAAUGGUUCAAAAGAAAAAUAAAUUGCCAUAAAAAGU